UUUCCCCAAACUAACGCCUCACGGACGCCGCCAUGUUGCUCCCGGACUCCAGCACCGCCAACGCUGAGAAGGGGUUUCCAAUGUCUUCCAGGAGAAUGCAGGUCAUACCCAUCCCCCGAAGCUGGCAGUAAUGGUUCGGUCCAUGUGUGUUCAGCCAUAUGACUCGCAAGGAAACUGCAUGGACGGCUGCUUGGUUCCGCUAUAUCCAGAGGUUUAUAGGGCCUUCCGAGGCUAAGUAGUGGAGGUUUCGCGGCGCCGGUGGAAGAGGCCGCUUUGGCUGUGCGUUGUCCUCGCGGCCGGUGGGAAGCGAGCGCGCCCUUAGAAAGGCAAGGGCUCCAGCGACCUCUCUUGCCAGCGCCAUGGCAGUCCCAGGUUGCAACAAGGACAAUGUCAGAGCAGGCUGUAAAAAAUGUGGCUACCCUGGUCAUCUGACUUUUGAGUGCCGCAAUUUUCUCCGAGUAGACCCCAAAAGGGACAUAGUUUUGGAUGUCAGCAGCACAAGCAGUGAAGAUAGUGAUGAAGAGAAUGAAGAACUGAAUAAAUUACAGGCAUUACAAGAAAAAAGAAUAAAGGAAGAAGAGGAGAAGAAGAAAGCAAAAAGCAAAGAAAAAAUCAAAUUGAAAAAAAAAAGGAAAAGGUCUUAUUCAUCCACUUCCACUGAAGAGGACACUUCAAAAGAAAAGAAACAAAAAUAUCAGAAGAAAGAAAAGAAAAAAGAAAAAAAGAGCAAGUCAAAAAAGGGAAAACAUCACAGAAAGGAUAAAAAGAAGAGAAAAAAGGAAAAGCAGUCUUCUUCUGCUAACAGUCCUGAAAUCUCCAAGAAGUAACUGAGACUUUGGCCUAAGCCAUUAAAUUUUAAAAUUUGUUUUUAAAAAGUAUUUGAUCUUGGGAUUUGCUAUAUAAGAAUUCUUUGCAAUAAAUCACAGCCCUUUCCAUAUAGACAUUUUUUUUUUUUAUAUAGAACCAUUAUUCCUCUAGCAAAAUAUUUUUUAAUGUGCACUGACUAUAAAGUUUUGAAUCAGUCUUGCUGCUUGAUAGUCAUGCCACAAGUAUGGAUAUUGGUACAUAGAAAACACAUCAUUUUUGGUAUUUGUGUGUGCUUGGCUAGUGUUAUUAUAUCACGAGUUGAUUGCAAAAUGGCUUUGUUUACCACAGUCAACACAAGUAAUCUACCUAGCCAAUAAUGAGUGUUGCUGAAUCACGUGUCCACGUUUCAGUGACAUUGAAAUUUUUAAUAGCUUUAUGUAUACUAUGAUAUAAUGUAUAAAAAUAGUGAAAUUUUUCACUGUUGCUUUUAAAUCUGUAGGCUCUUUUGAAUGCCAUAGGACAUGAAACUGCUUUCUUGGUCUUGACUAGGACUUUUUAAAUGAAUGGUGUCUGCAGAAAGAUGAUAAAUGAAAAUGUUUAUAAGGGAGUUUCACUCUUUUAUGAAAUGCAGAGUUUCUAGUACUUGCCUGCUUUGUUUUUGUAACAAUUGAAAAUAUCUCUUUCCUGUUUAAAAAGGCAAGCCUACUUUGGCCUAUUAGUCAGUCUCAUAGAGAUGAUACUGUGUUGGCCAGGAUUUUUAGGAUAGACUGCUGGGUUGUUUUCCAAAUAUGUCACAUUGGCAUGUGUUAAAGUGAUACCUCAAACACAGAAAUUUUUAUUUAGAAGGACAGCAAAAUCUUCGUUAGAACUGAUUUUUAUUAUAUUCAGUAUGUGAAUUUUAUGACGCUUAUUUCUAUGGGCAAUAUGGAAAAUUUUUAUAAGUGUCAACAUAUAUAUUUAUUUUGUCUGAAUAAUUUGUAUAUAGUUUUGAAGCAGGUUUCACACUGGCUUUAUGGUUUCAUAAAUAGUUUGAGGUGCGUAUUGGGCUUUUACUUCAGACACAAAUCUCAGGAGCAGUUACAAAAAUUUAGAAUUAAGAGUUUUAUUCUGUGCUUUUUAAAAUUUUAAGAGCCAGGGAGUUGCAUUAUGAAAGCUUUCAUAUAAUAACGGAAAUUUUAUAUGGUACGCAUUUUCAAACACAUACUAGUUGAUUUAAAUGUUUUAGUUUUUUGUUUUCACAAUAGUUUGCUUUGCUUUGCUCAAUGCUUAGUUAUCUCUUAUACUCAAUAAGCAAAAUGCUUACUAAUAUCGUAGCAGCAUUGAAUGUCAGCCCAAUAUCAUGGCAUAGCACCAAAGAUUGCAAGAACCUCAGGGUGGUGCAGUUAUAACUUUUCAAAUUGGUAACCCACAAACAUGGCUACAGGUGAAUUUAUAUGGUGAAAUCGGGUAAGUGCGUUUACUUCACAGGCUGGAAAGGUUUACUGAUUCUUCAGCCACCCUCCUCCCCGAUUAACAUGCCCUCAGUAAGACUCAGGGAGCCCUGUUAACUCCUCUUAUUAUAUGCUCGCCUGGAGCCCAUGCUCAAAUUCUGUUAAAGCUGUAGCCACUUCCCUGUUGUAGCAUUAUAGCCAUGGAAGCUCUCACAGUCUGGCUUUUCCAUACCCAGUUUCAUAAUAUUGCCCUCUAAAAAAGAAAAAAAAAUUUUUUUAAUAGUCGAGUCUGUUGUUUAGAGAGAAACACAGAGAUUUUUAAGGGUUUGUUUUGCCUUCGUUAUUAUUUUUUGAAAAUACAGUAAACCUUCUUUGGCUAUCAAGAUGAAAAAUAUAAGUAAAAGGGAGGAAAAACCUUUUUAGAAAAAGAUUUGAAGGUUGAUACGUGCCAAAGGAUGACCUCAUCCCAUUGAGUGUGUAACAUGGUUUAAAAUGAUUGUAAUUGUAGUGAAAUAGAGUUAAUCCAGUUAUUUAUAACUUUUAGUCCUGUUAAUUGUAGGGAUCAUAAGUUCACUCAUUAGAUUUGUUUUCUGAAUGGUGACACGAUUAAUGAUUUAGAAGAAUUAGGUAAAAUUCAACCCUCAUUAACUAAUAUCAUAUGCAAAUUAAAGAUUUUAAUACUCAGUAAGUUUUUCCCUGGAAACAAUCAUGAAAAUAUUCUUAAUUCCCCAUAAUCUUAGCAUAGUUUAUGAAAUAUCUCAACUGAAUAAAAAUCAUUUAUUUUUUACUAAAAUAAUUUUCUUGGAUGUGAUCAUGUUAUUGGGAUUGGAUGCAAAUCUCACUCAUACAGUUAAGAAGAAAAUUAGUGAAAUUUCCUCUCAAGCAGUAUGUAGCAGAAAGAAAAUUGAAUUUAAUGGUAAAAUUCUGAUAGAUCUGGCUCUUCUAACUACCUACGUGACCUUCAACAACAUCAGUUAGUUUCUCUGGACUUUGGUAUCUUUCAUCUAUAAAAUGUACCAAAUGAUCUCUGAGUUCCCUUCCAGCCCGUAAUGGAUAUGAUUAUUAAUACUUUAGGAAAAUUCAAGUAACAUUAUUCAUCUUAGAAAUUAUGUAGAUAAGCAGGUAGCAUUAUGUUGAAUUUAUGAAUGUGAUUGUUAAAUGUCGCAGUUACUCACUCUUUAAACAUAAUUUUUGCUUCACAUUCUUACCACCCCAGUGUGUAUCAUUUUCAGCAGAUGAAGAUCAAAUUUAUAUUUAGAUUUGUGUCUACGUUCUCAUGACCUGAAAACUUCGAGGUUAUUGCUUUUGGGCUGAUGGACUGCUCAAGAUUUAAUGUAUGUUCUCUUCACCAGAUGCAGACAGAAUUAACAUCUAGAUUUGCAUUUGUAACCAAACUAUUUGAACACUUCGAGCGCAUUGCUUUGGGCUGAUGGACCAACUCUCCCCUUAUAUCCCCCUUUCUUUUCUUCAUAUUAUCU